CCCUUGAAGCAAUCCAGGCACAACGGUCGCUGCUACAGUCCCCAGGCCCAGCACAUCACACAGCACACAGCACACAGCACACAUCACGCUGCUCGACCCUCAGCCAGCUUCCAACACUCGACUCACUCCAACACGCACACAACAAGCGCCGCCAUGGAGAACUACCAGAAGAUGGAAAAGAUUGGCGAGGGCACAUACGGAGUGGUUUACAAGGCGCGCGACCUCACCACACCCGACAACCGCAUCGUCGCACUCAAGAAGAUCCGUCUGGAGGCCGAAGAUGAAGGCGUACCCUCGACUGCCAUCCGCGAGAUCUCGCUCCUCAAGGAGAUGAGCGACCCCAACAUCGUGCGCCUGUUCAACAUCGUCCACGCCGACGGCCACAAGCUGUACCUGGUCUUCGAGUACCUCGACCUGGAUCUGAAGAAGUACAUGGAGGCUCUGCCCGUCUCACAAGGAGGUCGUGGCAAGCCUCUGCCCGAGGGCUGCAUGGACGGUCGCGCAGGACACAUGGGACUCGGCGAGGCCAUGGUCAAGAAGUUCAUGCACCAACUUUGCGCCGGUAUCCGCUACUGCCACGCCCACCGCAUCCUCCACCGCGACUUGAAGCCCCAGAACUUGCUUAUUGACAAGGAGGGCAACCUCAAGCUGGCUGAUUUCGGUCUGGCCAGAGCCUUCGGUGUGCCUCUUCGCACCUACACCCACGAGGUCGUCACCCUCUGGUACCGCGCUCCCGAAAUUCUCCUCGGUGGACGUCAAUACAGCACAGGCGUCGACAUGUGGUCGGUCGGUUGCAUCUUCGCCGAGAUGGCCACUCGCAAGCCCCUCUUCCCCGGCGACUCUGAAAUCGACGAGAUCUUCAAGAUCUUCCGCAUCCUGGGUACCCCUGGCGAGCAGGACUGGCCCGGUGUCACCAGCUUCCCCGACUUCAAGCCCAGUUUCCCCAAGUGGUCGCGCAACCCCGACGACGACAUCAUCAACCACGACGGCGCAAGAGUUCUGGGCGAGGACGGCAUCGACCUUCUCGAGUCGCUGCUCAUCUACGACCCUGCCGGCAGAAUCUCAGCCAAGCAGGCCUGCUUACACCCCUACUUCAACGACUCGAAGUACUACGGUGCGCGAAACGGUUACCACUGAUUGACCCCUCCACGCCUCUGAUGCCUUUUCGUAUUUCUCUCCGGUUCCCCUUCAUGUCAUCAACAACGUCCCCUUUUUUUUCUUUAAAAAUUACCCAAUUCUCUGCAUCGGCAUGGUUCGAUUUUUCACUACUGGCGUUCAGGGGCGAACAAGGAGCGAGCUCGAGUGCUCGCUUCAUCUGGGUUCUGGUACAUUU